ACCAUUAAGCGGCCCCGUCCAGCCCUUUGUAUCUCACAUUCUGAACGGUUUAUAAUCUCCGAGCACUGAAUUCAGUGGCAUAUGUGUUAAAGUUCACCAAGAUAGAGAGAUGCUAACCGCAGUUCUUCUUCUGAUAUUCCUGCCGCCCAUGGUAGCACAGGAUCUUUGUAAAGACAGCACAGAUGGAUUUAAAGUCAGACUCAGCAUUAAGACGGCCCUCGGAGAUAAUGCAUAUGAGUGGAAUGAGAGUGAGAGGUUUCUCUUCCAAUCUACUCUGGCGUUUGCAAUGAGGAGACAUACUGAGCAAGACACGUAUAACAUUUCAAACAUACUGGUGUGCAAUGAAACGCCAAGAGUGUCGUUCGUGUUCGUGGUGACGUCACCAGAUGACCCAACCAAACUGAUCCCCAAAGAACAAGUUGAAGAAGCGGUGAGGAAGAGUAAGCAUCGCAUAAACAGCGCGUUCUUGUUAUCGGACAUGACCCUGGAGUUCGUAGGAAUCCCACCGACGCUGGCGGUCCCGAUCACAUACGACACUCCUCCGUGGCUCAUCGUGUUUGGUGUGGUCAUAGGCGCUGUGGCUGUGGGGAUCCUGGCUUUGCUGAUGUCUACAGUUAGCAAAAGACGACGAGCCAAAGACAAGGAUGCUGGUUUUGCAGACGGAAGAGUCAAAGAAAACGGAUCCGCACUUUCAAGCCUUGGCGGGAAAGAUGGUGUCUAUAAUCAAGCGUUCUCAAAUGACGACCGCUUCACCCAGCUGUAGACACUAAGGAGAGCCGAAGAGAAAAAGUAAAGAUGAUAUUCAUUGAUCCACCUUUUUCCUACGCCCUAUGACAUUUUGCACAAAUUAUGGGAGUAGCUUCCAUUAAACUGUAAACAAUCAGCGAAAAAUUUGUUUUAUGAACGCAAUAAUAUGCAUUUUCAAAAACUGACUUUAUUCUAAUCUCUCUUCAACCAUUGAAUAUUAAAAUGACGUUUAAAAGUG